CUUGAAAUUUCUAUGAAAAGAUGAAGGGUUUAUCUUAUCCCAAGUCAAAACUCGUGGUGGCUAUCAGCUUCUAUUUUCCAGAAUACAAACUUUGCUAGCUUGAGAAAGAGCAUGGUCUUCAUGUUGAUCAUGAUCAAUAUUCAGAUUUGGCUGCAGAAGCCAAAGGUAUGGAGAUUUGUGUGUUUCUUUUCAUCUGUUGUUGGACUGCUCUGUUACGCUUACAGCUCUUCUUUUAAUAAUCUAUUUGGAAAGUGGACAUGGUGCAAGAUAUUACUUUACAUUGGUUUUAGUUUCAUUAUCUGCCUUACUGUCUUGUUUGCAAAUGUUUGGGAGUGCUCCACCUCUCCUCGGGUGGAAGCUCACAUGGCCUUUUUUAUUUUGAUGAUCACUUCUGUGUACUCUUUUUUCUUCGAUAAAGUAGUGAAAGGGAAACCAGACGCAUAUAGCCUUGUUUCAUGUGCUGCAUUUGCUAUCAUGUCUUUGGCUUUAUCAAGAUUGAGUCAUUUUGGUUUUGAGGUUGAUCUCUUAGUCUUUUUCAGUGGACUCCUAAUAUUACAACUCAUGAAAAUAAAGUUAUGGUUAGUCAUUGUUGGAGGGAGUUUCAGUUAUUCCCUCUUCAUUCUUCGUUCCUCUUUGGUUGCUCCAAGAAGUGGGCAUGAUCAUGGACUCCAAGACCGAGAUCAUGAUCAUGGACUCCAAGACCGGGUUCCUCAUCAUGUCAUUGACUUAGGUUCACAUUCACAAUCGCAAGGAACCAGAACCAGUCCUAGUGUUACUCAAGUGGAUUCGACCCAGGCUAUUGUAUCUGUGGCACAAGAGGCUGAUUCCCCUCCAGAAAUUGAGGAUCUAGGAUUGUUAGUCACUGAAUCACAACAAAGAAAUAAUGAUAGUGAUAACAAUAGUAUUGUGACACAGUUCAUGGGUUGCAUAGAGGCGCUUAAGAAGGAGAAUGAAAAUGUUAUUUUAACAAUUUUCAAGCAUGCUGAGGAAUACCUCAAAGCUAGUCUUGUCCAGACUCCAGAUCUGCAAUUGCAUUGCGAUGACAACUUGGUGGUGGAUUCUCUGCCAUCAGUUAUUAUCAAUGACCUUCGUGAAUGUGUAAGGCUGAUGGUGACAGCAGGGUUGAAGGAGGAAUGCAUUGACGUGUACAUUACUUGGCGGAGGGAGUUUCUGGGUGAGAUGCUAUCAUGGUUGAUAAAGUUCAAAAUUGGCCGGUUUUAUAUAAAAGCUUUGUGCGUAGCUGAUAGGAUAUUAUUACCCAAUGAAAGAAGACUAUGUGAAUGCGUCUUUGAAGGGUCCAUUCCCCUUGAGGAUAAGUACCCUGCAUUACCCGGAAUACAUAGGUUCGGGUUUCGGAAGAGUUUGGACAGUUACCCUGCAUUGCGGGACAAGUUGUUGAUAGGUUUGGGCAUUCUCUCACCACACGGAAUACGUAAGUUCGGGGAAUUGUUAAGUCUUACUUACGGUGUUAAGGAGAAAGCCAUUGUUCCCGGCGGCAGGGUUCAUCAGAUUACCCUUGAUGUGCUGGACUACGCUGGGAUUAUAGAUGUGCAGUUAACAGUCCUGUUAGACAGCAGUUUGGAAGGAAAGUUUCCACUGAAUAACAUAGCCAUGAUAACAAACCUGUUAGACAGCAGUUUGGAAGCCAACUCCCAAAAUUACCAUGAUCCUAUUUUGGGUUACGUUUUCAUCAUCAACAAUCGAAGCUACAUACGGCAAAGGGCAAUGCGGGGUGGAUUGAGACAUAUUCUUGGAAAUGACUGGAUUCGAAAAAACACAACUAGUAUCAAAGAAAACCUUCAACUCUAUCUGAGAAGCUCAUGGAAUAAGAUCUUGGAUAUUUUGAAGCUGGACAUCAAUGAGUCAGAGCCUAAUGUUGCGGCACAGUUAAUGAAAAACAAGCUUCGUUCCUUCAACGAACACUUCGACGAUAUAUGCAACAUUCAGUCUACGUGGUUUGUCUUCACUAAGGAGCUAAGGAGAAAAAUUAUACAAUCCAUAGAAAAGAUCUUGUUGCAAGCAUAUGGAAACUUCAUUGGGAGGUUGCAGGAUUUUAUUGGUAACCAAGCUUAUGAGCACAUUGAGUAUGGAAUGUUUGACAUUCAAGAUAGACUCAACAAUUUAUUUCUUGUAAGAGAGUAGAUGAAUCUGAUGCCAGAAGAGAAGGAAAGGAGACACAAGUUUGCAUUGAUUUAGAAUACAAAAAUAUCAUCAUCAUUCAUUGCAAACAUAGUUGCAAAGGAUUUGUGCCAUUGUUGUACAUUUAUUCCACUGUAUGUCUCAACACAAAAUCCCAACUGUGUAAGGAUUCCUCUUUAAUUUGUUUCCAUGUUUAAGAUUGGUUAAAUCCAAGAACGAUAAUCAUCAUGGUGAUUGUUCAUGUAUUGCCUUUGCCACAUGUUGUACAAAUGGUGCAUGCACGCAUUAAAUCCUGUAUAUAUAGCAA